CUCCACAACCUCUUAAAGCCUCCCAUUAUCCUCUACCAAAAAUGGCGCCCAAACGCCCUGAAACGAAGUCGGCUUCCUCAACCUCCAAACCACCACACAGGAAGCUCCCCCGCCUCCCAAACACUCAAAAAAUCUCCAAGCGUCCUCUCCUCCACCCACCCGUCGCAGGCCCUCGCACAGGCUCAACCACCGAGAAAGUCAUCUACGUCUCCGCCUCGUCGCCUUUCAUCAGCACCAUAAAACGCGUGCGCGCCUACCUAUCCCACAUCGAAUCCCGUGCCGCCGGGCCGAUCACCCUGGCAAAUGGCACCAGCAGGCGUACGUCACAGAAAGUCAUAAAAUCCAUUGAGGAAGGGAUUGAGAAAGCUCGAGGAGAAGGGGAGAGGAGGGGGAAGGGGAAGGGGAAGGGAGAAGAAGUGGUGUUGAAGGCGACGGGCAAGGCGAUCGAGAGGUUGUUGGGUGUUGCGCUGUUCUUUCAGGGUGAGGAGGGCAUGAAGGUCGAGGUUCGGACGGGGAGUGUGGGGGCUGUUGAUGAUGUUGUUGAGAAGCAGAACGGUGCAGAGACGGGAGAGAGUCAGAGGGAAGAGAUGGGUGUCGAGUACACUGCAGCUGCACACUGCAUAUCAGUCUCCGGGGAGGAUAUCCUUGGAAUGCUGCUACGGAGAAGACACGAGGCAGGCGAAGAGCUAAGAGGUCAUGAAGAUCUUCCCGGUACGGAGAGGGACGAAUGCACAAGCACAUGUGCUACUAUGUGCUGUGUCGUGAUGAGUCCAAGGAGGGAGGCUGAGUCGAGGUAGCCGCUCCCAAUAAACGGAAGCAGCGUAGUACAACAGUCGCCCAAUAUACUCAAGUAA